CUGAGCAGUAGGUUUUAUCAAAACUAUUAAGAUAGAGGCACACAAAGAGAAACUUUGUUUAUUGUAAGUCAUUUUAUUGGUUUGAAAAUAUUCACGAUUUCAUCUGCACAGCAAUAUUUGUACUUGAAAUGGUAAUCAGUCAUGCCAACGGAUACCCAAAGACACCUGUCAAAAUGGGUGAGCGACUACAUGAACACGCACGGCUUCGACCACCAAAGAAUACAAGAAAGAAUUCAUCUCGCUAACAAAUGUUCCAGAGCUAGAGAUAUCUCAACUAAAUGUAUAACUAAAGAUGAGGCCAUUGAGAAAGUAUAUGUAGGCAGCAUACGUGAAGGUAUUGGAAUGAACUUUUGUAACGAUACUGACAUUCUACAGAUCAAUCAUUCUGUGAUUUGUGUUGACGGAAAUACAACAACACAAAAUGACAAAUUGCAAUUCCAACUGGAGCAAAAAAGAGCACCUGCAGGUUACACAUUACUGAAAUUAAUGCGCAACGAUUCUGCUUCUGCCACUUAUGAAAGUUUGAAGUAUGCUAUGGUUGAAAAGACAACAGGUCAGUAUCUUUCAAGUAAUCUCUACAUGACCAAACACGAUGAUGUCUUCCAAUAUGGAGACGGUUACAUCAGCAAGCAAACACGUUACAGAAGCCGAAAUGGUCCAUCUAUUCCAAAAUAUGUCGAAAAAAAUUGGAUUCAGAAGUUUAUCCUAUCACAAAGGAAUUUAAUAGACCAGGAUAUGGAUUUUGUAAGAGCUUUCCCUUGCCAGGAAAAUAACAUUUUGGGUGCAUGGAAGAACAGGAAUAGAAAAUCUGGUUGGCCAAAUCAAGAGACUAUAGACAAAAUUAUGUCGCUACCAAUGUAUGUUGUUCCGGUGGGUAAAGAGGGAAGCAUAAAUGAAGAUCUGCAGUGGAGAAUAUCUUUCACCAUGGCAGAAACACAUUUAAUCCAGGCGUUUAAUAACACUCAAUCUAAGGUAAUUGUCCUACUGAAGCUGAUAGCAAAACACAUUUUGCAACCGCUGUGCAGUGGCAUCACUUCCUAUAUAGUCAAGACAGUUAUGUUAUGGCAAGCUGAAAGCAUUCCUCAGGAAGAAUAUAGCGAGGAAAAUCUUCUCUCAAGACUGGAGGAUGCACUCGUUUUCCUAAAAUCAGCUGUAGGAAAUAAAAGCCUCCCGAGUUAUAUGAUACCACAGAAAAACCUUCUAAAGAAACUGAAAUUUCUCCAAAGCAAUGGAUUAAAAUUGGUGGAUGAUUAUUUGAAUGGCAGCCUACACAGUGUAGACAGCAUUGUGGAUAUAAGUGAAACAUUCCGUGUAUCUAAUUUGAUAGACAGUUGGCAUACCCGUGUUUCAAGGUGUUUUACAACAGAAGAACUGGCAAACCUUUACACAAAAAUGUUUACAUAUAGGUCAUUUUGGCAGAUUUUAUCUUGUAAUUCAUUUACAAAUGAUAUUCCGAAUUUCAUUUUAGAAACUGAACAAGCUACCAACAUGAAACUUACAAGUACUUCAAAAGAAGUUACGAUGCAAAAUUCUGUUAAAACAUUAUUAACUUUUUUGUGGGUUUUGAGUAACACCGACACUACAAAGAUCAUAUAUUACGACUUUCAAGCUUUACUCGAGGUGGAAGACCUCUCAAGUCAAGUCAAUCGUGGGCGUCUUGCCGUUGAGCCUUUAUUGCUGGAUUGGGUUUGGUGA